CAAAAAUUCCCCUGUUUAUGGGCUGACACAGCAUUUUCUUUUGUUCGAAGUGCGCAGUAAUCGGUGCGCCUGCGUUUUUGCGUCGUUAGGUAUUUAUAAUAAAUCAGCUUCAUUAUUCGUGAUUACGCUGGCGAGAUACCAGGGAUCAUGAAGUUCCUAUUCGUUUGUGUUACUAUUAUAGCGGCUGCUUAUGCAGCUACAGGAGGAGAUGAAUGUUACAAGGAUAGCGUUCGGGCAUGCAAAUCCACUUUGAAAGAUAAGAAAGACAAAAAGGAUCCUUCUCUACCUUCUUGCAGUGCAAAAUACGGAGCAAUUCAGGAAGUCCUUCCCGACCUUCAACAGUACGUAAACAGCCACAUAACUCGCAAUUUCGAGUACAUGCUUAUGGCCACUCAUUAUGGCAACUAUGAGAAAAGUCGUGCAGGUUUCGAAAAACUUUUCAUGGACUUGUCUGACUCGAAAUGGGAAGCCACCAUUGAUUUAAUCAAGUACAUUACAAAACGUGGUGGUGAGAUGAAGUUUGACAAUAUCAAAGCGGAUACCGUUAAUGAUGAAAAUGCAAGUUAUGAGCUGUACGAGCUCAACAGUUUGGCAAAGGCGCUUGAUAUGGAAAAGGAACUGGCUGAACGUGCUCAUCAUAUACAUGGUGAGGCAACUCGUAGACGUGAAUCUUUGCAUGACCCUGAAGUGUCCUCUUACAUCGAAAACGAAUUUGUCCAUAAGCAUGCAGCAACUAUUCGUAAGUUAUCUGGCUAUACUUCAGAUCUAACAUCUUUAUUGAAUGGACCUGAUAGUUCUCUCGCUUUGUACAUAUUUGAUGAUUAUCUUAAGAAACAAUCUAUUGUGUAAAGUAUAAUGUGUAUAUAAUUAUUUAGUGUAAGUAUAAGUUGAAGUGAGAAA